AUAACAUAAUAAUUGUAAAGGAAAGUGUAACACGUUUUGGUGCAAAGAUUACAAAAUGAGUAAAAUCAGAUGUAUUCGUCCAUUCAAAGACAUUCAGUGUUCGAAAGAGCUGCGAUAUCUCACGGAUGGUAUCAUCCAAAAACUAAAGUCAAUUGGAUUUUCCAAGGUAUCCACACUGAACACCAAGGAUUUUCGUAUUUGUUCGUCUUGCCGUCUACAUAUUGAUUCAAGAGCUCACCUCACCCAAAACGAAGAACAAAGCGUAGCCGGUGGCUCAAGGAUGCCAACUGUUCAGACCAUACCUGUUGUACCUGAUUCGCAAAGCUAUGAAAGUUUGGUCACGAUACCAUCAGCGUCAACGCUAAGCACAAUUCAAUCAAAUGAAGACUUCACGAUGCCUGUAGACGUCGAAAUAUUCAACCGAGGAAUAGCAGCUAUUCGUGUUUCGCCUAUAGAUUUAGGUAAGGUUAAAAAUGUUCACUAUCCUGAAAAAAGUGCGCUGAAAUCGUCGAAGGUGUACGAAGAAAUCUUUUUAAAUUAGACGCUAAAACAGAAAAAGCAAACGAGUUUAAUGAAGUCAUAGAAAAUAUGAAAAUUAAAUUUUUAAAUUCAGCCACAAGGCAAGAAAAACUAUCAAUUUUAUCAUUGUUACCAAAAUCAUGGUCAGUACAAAAAAUUGUAGACGAAUUUAAAACUAGUAGAAAUAUGGCAUCAGAUGCAAGAAAGGAAAAAAAUAAUGUAUUAGAUUCAUCUCAAGGUUCAAGCUCUGGAAAAGCUUUGAGUAAUGAAACAAAAGAACUGGUUUUGAAUUUUUUUGAGGACGAUGAUAUAAGCCGUGCAAUGCCAGGCCAAAGAGAUUUUGUUAGCGUAAAGACAGGAAAUAAGAGAUUAGCUGUUCAGAAAAGAUUGUUAAUGAUGACAUUGAGAGAAGCUUUUAAUCGCUUCAAUGAAGUGUACGUCAAUGUAAAAAUGAGGUUUUCAUCAUUUGCAAGCCUCCGGCCAAGGCAAUGUAAACUAUUGACUAUCACAGGAACACAUAAUGUUUGCGUUUGCACUACGCAUGAAAAUGUCAAUUUAAUUCUACAUAGCUUAAAAAAAUACAAUGUCUUGAAUGAUCUAAAAACAUUAACGAAUAGAUUACUUUGCGAAAAUAAGACAACUCAUUGCCAUCUACGAAGAUGUAAAAACUGCCCAGAUACCUCAGUUUUAGAAGACAGUUUAUUGAAACAACUGGAAGAAAACUUUGUUGAAAAGCUUUCAUUCGAACAAUGGGUUACCACUGACAGAUGUGAUUUAGAAACUAUUGUAAAGCAAACCGAUGACUUUGUUACAUUUUUCAGCUCAAAAUUAGAAAGUUUGAUUCCGCAUGAUUUUGUAAAAACCGAACAAUCCAAUUUUUUGAAAACUACAAAACAAAACUUGCAAGAUGGUGAAUUUUUGGCUAUUUGUGACUUUUCUGAAAAUUACAGCUUCGUUUUGCAGGAUGAAGUUAAUUCACACCAUUGGAACGUGCAACAGGCCACAAUCCAUCCUUUCGUAAUAUAUUAUACUGAAAAUAGGCAAAUUAAACAUUUUAGCUUCAUUAUAAUUUCAGAAGAACUAAGACAUGAUUCAGUCGCUGUUAAUUUGUUUAUUGAUAAAAUGAUGAACUUUUUACAAAUUGAUCAAAAUAAAAACAUGAAAAAAAUUUAUUUUAUGUCAGAUGGUGCUGCUUCACAGUAUAAAAACCGAAAUAGUUAUUUAUGCAACAAGUUGCAAAAUGAUGAUUUUUUCAGCACGAGUCGUACAUUUAUCCAACAAGGCUUGCCGAGUUGGAUAAAUACGACGAGUGCUGAAAAAAUCGAGUUUUGCAACGAGUUGCAUACAACAUUUUUUGCGAUUACAACAAAAUACUUGAGUACGAUCUUUUCUGACUGUUCAAACAUAUCUCAAGAGAAACCACGUGCGAGCAUCCAUGCGCACAAGUCCGAUUUUUUUAAAUCAGGUAGGCUAUGUUUAUAAGCGUCACAAGUACUCGGAGUCGCGUCGUCAACGAGCGUUGUUUUUUUUUCUGCUGCUGCUGCAAACUCUACGUCUGUCUGGGCUGACCAAAUCGGAUUUUGAAGUAGCUUCUAUUCGGAUUUGAUCUGCCGAAUAGUCAUAGAGCUGCCACCGAAUCUUUCAAAACAGGAAAGACCCGGAAAGACCAUAAGCGUUUCAGAAAACUUGUGAAAAGUGCACCCUUGCAAAAGUGCCGAAAAGUAGUACUUUUCGGCACUCUUAACAGUGCCGAAAAGUUCUACUUUUCGGCACUUUUGAGCUAGUGAAGAAAAGUAGACCAUUUCGUUACACUUGCGGCGAUUGAAAAGUGCAAUCAUAUAGCACGUAAUUGCAAAAAA